AUCACUUCUAAUCUAUAUAAUCUUCCAUAUUUAUAAUAUAUUGCAUGAUCAUAUAUUCACCAUAUUUAUAUCCAUAAUAAAACCAUUAAUAUUAAUCAUAUUCAUUGUAUUCAUGUGUGAUUUUGUGUGAACCUUUGCCUGCAUCCUCACCUAAAUUGUAUAUAUUGCACUAAGGAAGAGGGUUAGCUUGCACUUUCCUUAUCAUUUCUUCACAUUGAUUAUUUUGUGUUUGUGUAACAUACCGUCAUCUCAGAUAACCCGGAACUCAAAUCAAAAUAACCAUAUUUUCACUUACCUUCGAUUACACCAAAUAUUAUGCUUCUACGAAUACCUUUGAGUCAUCGAUUGUUGAUAAACAUUAACUCUCAAGACAACCUUUGGAGACAUGAACACAGGAUGACAUUACAGUGCGAAUAUGUAAACUGCUCCUUUAAGUGCCCAGAGGCUGAUCGCGCCAAACUAAUACUACACCAGCGAGAGCAUCCCAAUCCACGUGCGGAACCAAGGGUGUUCCCCUACCCGAAAAGACCUAGAGGCCCUAGGGUAAACUUUCUGCGUUCUACUUCUGGUCGUUCUGGGAAACAGAAAGCGAAUGGCACAGAGGCUGGCGAACCGGCAUGCGAUGGCCAACAGGACCUCCCAGUCCCUCAACAGAAGGAAAGGAUAUCGGAAAAAGGUUCCGACACAGAAACAGCAUCCACCAUUUCGGCAGCAGACACUGAACCUUAUGGGACAGAUUUGAUAAACAUUACAGACAGUGAAGAAGCUGCAAAUGAGAAGGUGAUUAAUUUCAUGGUGGAAAGUAACACAACCGAAGAGUUGGAAAAGAGAUUGUUGGAUAUGCCAGAGAUGUUGGACAUUGAUUUCAAUCAAUUAUAGGACAGCAAAAAGGGAGUUUUAGUACUUUAUAACAUUGGCAUAUUUUCAUACUGUGUAUUAAUAUACAGAUAAGAUAAUAUACCUCGAAUAAACUACGUUUAUCCAAGUUUGUUGGUUUGUAUUUGUAUUGUAUUGUAGUACCAGAUUUUAUUGUAUUGUAUCUUUUAAAUUUGU